AUGAACAACACUCAUGAUGGACCGCCGUCAUACAACUCUGUGGUGACAAGGGAGAUCAGAGGUCCAGGACCGUAUGAACAGAGCGACGCAAAGGAUGUCAAAGUCCUCUCACCGCAAAGACCGUCGUCUGCCAAGGAUAGCCUGACCGCAGGCUCUCCGUCACCUGGAAGAGGCCCAACCAUGCCGCCGACGACAGUGUAUAAUUAUGUCAACCCAGAGACCCACGAAGUCAUCGCAUCCCUUCUCCCACCGGACCAUCCACAGAUGGUCUGCUUGCAGCAGGGUCACGCACCACAGACUCGAUACGGCCUCCUCGGUGUUCUUGCCGCCGUCUUCUGGUUUCCUCUCGGAAUCGGCUUAUGCUUACUAGACAAGCGAGUCAACCGGAAAGACCAAGCGCGACUUGCUCCCGACCACUUCACCUUGCUGAUGAUUCAGCGGCUCUCACUGCGGAGAGUACACCUCAGCGCAACACUCUUCCGUCAUGUCCGCAAAAUACACGCCGAGUCCAACGUGCUGAAAGAGCUCGAAAGUAGAGGGCUAGUCUCCCAGGUUUCGAGUCCAGAGAAGCUGCGUCAGAUUAUUGCUCAGCCGCAGGUCGUGUACAGCGGGAUUGACCCGACGGCGAAAUACCUCCACGUCGGACAUCUCCUUCCGCUGCUGUGCCUCUUCCACUUCAAGCUGUGCGGGCACCGUGUCAUUCCCCUUGUCCGUACCUCCAAUGACUCCUCUGAUGCUAUCUUGGCUGACUCUGUGCAGAUAGGCGGUGCUACAGGGCUCGUCGGUGAUCCCUCUGGCCGCAACACGGAAAGGCCACUCGCAGAGUCUGCCGUCGUCGCGACGAAUGUCGACCAUCUCGUCACGGGCGUUAACAGAUUCUUCGAGGGUGCCAUAGCGUAUGCUAAGAAACGCGUCGGCUUUGUGGCAGACAAUGUCACUGCGCCAGUGGUCAUGAACAACCUGGACUGGUUCAAAGGCAUCGGUCUGCUCCAGUUCCUGCGCACCGUUGGCAUCAACGCGCGCGUGAACACCAUGCUAGCCCGGGAGAGCGUACAAACCCGGCUCAACUCGCAACAAGGCAUCUCCUUUACCGAGUUCACGUACCAGCUCAUGCAGGCGUACGACUACCUGCACCUGCACACCCAGGAGGGCUGCAGCGUCCAGGUCGGCGGCUCGGACCAGUGGGGCAACAUCGUCGCGGGCAUCGACCUCAUCAACCGCAUCGCACCCGACGUCCAGCCCGACGGCAGUUACGCUGAGAAGGCGUUCGCGCUCACAACUCCACUGCUCACGACACCAUCGGGCGAGAAAUUCGGCAAGAGCGCAGGGAAUGCGGUCGCGCUGGAUGCCACUGUAACGAGUGUCUUUGACUUCUACCAGUUCUUCCUGCGUGCUCCGGACUCGCACGUCGGCGGGUACCUCAAAAUGUUCACGCUCCUGCCUCUCCCGCACAUACAAGAAGCCCUCGAACAACACCAGCAAAGCCCGGAGGCACGCCUUGCGCAGCGUCUGCUCGCAAGCGAGGUCACUGAGCUCAUCCAUGGCGGUGCGCGGCUCCCUCCCACGCUCCGAAAGUCCUGCUAUACUGACACCGAUUGGCACGCAGAGCACGCGUUGCACAAGGCGCAGGUCGUGACAAGCCUUCUGUACGAGAGUGAUUAUGCUGCUAUCAAGACCGACGACGUCCUGCACGCACUCGAGGGCGAUCCGCGUUUGAAGCGUUGUUCGCGCUCAGAGCUGCUUGAGACUCCUGUCGUCAAACUGUCUGCGUCACAGGGUCUGGUAGCUAGUAAUGUCAGCAGGUGCCGCACGCGACCUCGUCAGGAACAAGGGCCUGUAUAUUAA